AGUCAGUAAACAUUCUGCGUCGGUGCACUUGUUUGCAACUCUUUUCAUCGCGCACUUUCUUCCUCCGCUGGAAUUCUAUCCGCACCAAAUUCAAUUAACUGCACUUCAGGUGAAAAGUGAAACCACAGUUGAGCGUAUUGAACGAAUCCGGACAAAAGCCCUCAAGUUGAAAGUUAUGGUUCGCUAAUUUCGCCACCGAAUAUCUGAUCAAACAAUUCCCGGAGAUUGUUCUUAUCUGCUGUGUCGUGAAACAAAAGAGGGAAAAAGGGGGGCCAUAAAUCACAAACACCAAGCUCGCUCGCACGGAGAAAUGGGCACGAAUUUCAGCUUAAACCAAUCGCUAUCGGCGUCACCGUCCACGACGGAGGGCGGCACCACGUUGGGAGCGACCGAUAAUCACUACCCUGGCAACUCGGAGAGCCUUAACUUUCUGUUCAUCCCGCUGGCGGUUCUUAUCACAGUGAUGCUGCUAUCAGUAAUGGUUUAUCUGAUGUCCAGAAGGAAGCAUAAGAUCUUCGCCAAACACCCGUACGUGCCCAGCUUCACGUUCGAUUCGUCCGACAUGGAGGACGACGACGAUAUGGAGACGGAGCAUCUGCUGAAGGGAAAGCUAAGGCUGGACGAGCCCUUCUUCAAGGGCAUUAACAGCAGCAAGACUUAUGCCACCAACGGCAACGAGCUGUACGCUUAAGAUCAUCACACCUUGCCAUCGUAAUUUAUGAAUUUACUCACGCGCUAGUAUUAGAAAAGUUACUUAGAAACAUGGAUUCAGUUCUCAAGAACAGGGAGGAAACACCAAAAACUUGUCCUAAGUUUUGUGAUAAUUUGCAUUUUGCCCAUAUUUUGUUUAUUCUGUUACUAUUUAAGCUAAUCUCGUUCUAAAUACAAAUACACACCAAGCUUUGGCCGUGCUCAAACUAUUGUUCCACAUCA